AUGUCAGCCUACAGCGCAACCUUGUCCGAUGACGUCAUGACGACAGCUCGCAAAGCCUUCGAACGAUACGACCAUGAUGAUUCGGGGACGAUUCAAAUAGAGGAAGUCGUGCAAGCUUUGCAAGAUGCAAAACGAGAUGCGACAGAAGCGCAAGUGUUUCAACUUCUGGAUUCACUUGGGUUGUCGGAUGGAAGCUCAGGGCUUCGAUUUCACGAAUUUUUGGAACUUCUGGAGAAGCUUCCUGAGCAACACAGAGAUCACGUGAUAGACGAAGAUAAUGAUGCUUUUGCGGCUUCAUUCCAGUGGUUAGGGGGGAAUCCUGAGGAUCCGGAUAGCAGCAUUACAAAGGAAACGAUACAGAAGGUGCUACAAGACUUCGAGCUAGACUCCAAUGUCGAUGCAGUAUGA